AUGGCUGGGCGAUCCGAUUCCGAUGAGAAUAGGCCCCGUCCCACAUCUCGAGGCAGUAGGAGUGUGCGUGAAUACAAAGGGACAGUUGGUGUGGCAUUGGUGGCUGCUGCGGCGCCAAAGAAACUCACCCCACUCGAACGUAUGAAGCUGAAGCGACAAAAGAAAUUGGAGCAG